AAAUUUCACUUUUUUUUUUUCAGGAGGGAAACUUCACUAGCCUAGCUAGAUUUGUCUCGAGUUAGAUUUUUAAAAUUGGGCUACCCGAGUGUUCUUUUAAAAAUAUAGUGAUUUUUAUCACACUGAAGGGAGUCCUCACGCCAUGUCUGGUAUAGCCUUAAGUCGUCUUGCACAAGAAAGGAAGGCCUGGAGGAAAGACCAUCCUUUUGGGUUUGUUGCUGUGCCAACAAAAAACCCAGAUGGAACAAUGAACUUGAUGAAUUGGGAGUGUGCCAUCCCUGGAAAGAAGGGGACCCCAUGGGAGGGGGGCUUGUUUAAACUCCGAAUGCUCUUCAAGGAUGACUAUCCUUCUUCACCUCCCAAGUGCAAAUUUGAGCCCCCUUUGUUCCAUCCAAAUGUAUAUCCCUCUGGUACAGUCUGUCUAUCGAUUUUAGAGGAGGACAAAGACUGGAGGCCAGCCAUCACUAUCAAACAAAUAUUGUUAGGAAUCCAAGAGCUCCUAAAUGAACCAAAUAUCCAGGAUCCUGCACAAGCUGAGGCGUAUACAAUUUACUGCCAAAACAGAGUGGAAUAUGAAAAAAGGGUUCGAGCACAAGCCAAAAAGUUUUCUCCGUAAAGCUUCAAGACUACGCAAGAUUGAAAUUGGUUUGCUGAGGAUUUUGUCUCUGCCCCCUUUUUGUCUGCCUCCAACUAUGUCCAUUGUUCACCUAUUUCCUGCUGGACUGUUUUAAAACUGAAUGUGUGCCAUUUCUGUCCGUCACCCACAUACUGAUGCACCCCUUUGCUUUUUUUGACUCGGAAGUCCUGGAUUUGAAGGUGGACUAUGCCUCCACAAAGGAUUUUCCGUACUCCAACUGUGGUAUUUCUUUUUCAAGAGCUCACGCUUGUCAGAAAAGACAAUGAAAUGGGAGUCACUUCUGUUGAUUUUUUUUAUUUUUAUUAAUGUAUUCAAUGUUAGAAUGAUUUUGCCUACGUUCUGAUAAAGAUAUAGAAAAACAGGCCUCAAUGAACCCAUUCAAAGGUAGUUUAGUGUAUCUGCAUCAGACUCUGUUAAGUUGUUUUGGUCCAAAUAUUUAGGUUUAAAUAAAAUGUUUGUACCAAGUAAGUGUUAAUACAUGUAGAUGGACUCAGUUCCAUCUUUCCCAAUGCAUUGUGUUGCCAGUUGAAUGCUUGUUACUCUUGAAGGCUGACUUUGGGUAAAAAAAUAACAGCUUUAGGUGUACCUGAUCAAAUCACAAUCUUUCACGGUCAUUUAAUGCUUAAACAAAUGGUUGAAUAAGAGCUAUGGCUACAGAAGUGCCAUUUAUCAAUGGCUUCUGUCCCAAAAAAAUUGUCAAAUGACAAUACAUACUGGACGAGUUAUUGGCUCGUUGAAGUCGGCAGUUCACAUAAAGGUGACACGGAGCCCAAACCGGCUGCGCGUGCGCCAUCGUGCAUUAAUUUAUUUUGUAACCCUACAUCAAACACGAUCACGACACGCAGGUUAAAAUAGAACGACCUCUGAACCAAUUACAUUAAUUUGGGCACAGGUCAAAAAGCAUAAAAACAUUUGUGGCAAUUCAGCUAGUAAACCAGCACUUGCUAGCUAAUUUGUCCUAUUUAGCUAGCUUGCUGUUGCUAGCCAAUUUGUCCUUGGAUAUAAACAUUUUACCCGAAAUUCACAAGGUCCUCUACUGUGACAAUUAAUCCACACACGAAAUGGUCAACUGACUCGUUUCUAGUCAUCUAUCCUCCUUCCAGGCUUUUUCAUCUUUGUAUUUAUAUGGUGAUUGGCAUCUAAACUUUCAUAGUAUUACUACACUGACUGGCAACACAGUUUGUCUUUCAAUCACCCAUGUGGGUAUAACCAAUGAGGAGAUGGCAUGUGGGUACCUGCUUCAUUAAACCAAUGAGAUAGGACAGGCAGGACUUGCAGCGUGAUCUGCGUCAGAAAUAGCGCGAACAGUGUGGGUGCAAUAAUUGAAUAGCAGAUUUCUACAUUUAUUUUGGGAGCGGUGUGGUCAACCGAGUAGGUAGGAGUAAUUUAAACUAGUUUUUCAACCACUCCACAAAUUUCUUAACUAUAGUUUUGGCAAGUCGGUUAGGACAUCUACUUUGUUCAUGACACAAGUCGUUUUUCCAACAAUUGUUUAGAGACUAUUUCACUUAUAAUUCACUAUCACAAUUCCAGAGGGUCAGAAGUUUACAUACACUAAGUUGACUGCCUUUAAACAGCUUGGAAAAUUCCUGAAAAUAAUGUCAUGGCUUUAGAAGCUUCUGAUAGGCUAAUUGACAUCAUUUGAGUCAAUUGGAGGUGUACCUGUGGAUGUAUUUCAAUGCCUACCUCUGAACUCCGUGCCUCUUUGCUUGACAUCAUGGGGAAAUCAGUGAAGACUGCAGGGGGAAAAAAUGUAGACCUCCACAAGUCUGAUUCAAUCUUGGGAGCAAUUUCCAAACGCCUGAAGGUACCACGUUCACCUGUACAAACAAUAGUAUGCAAGUAUAAACACCAUGGGACCAUGCAGCCAUCAUACCGCUCAGGAAGAAGAUGCGUUCUGUCUCCGAGAGAUGAAUGUACUUUGGUGUGAAAAGUGCAAAUCAACCCCAGAACAACAGCAAAGGACCGUGUGAAGAUGCUGGAGGAAACGGUACAAAACUAUCUAUAUCCACAGUAAAACAAGUCCUAUAUCGACAUAACCUGAAAACCCGCUCAGCAAGGAAGAAGUCACUGCUCCAAAACUGCCAUAAAAAAAAGCCAGACUACGGUUUGCAACUGCACGUGGGGACAAAGAUCAUAUUCUUUUGGAGAGAUGUCCUCUUGUCCGAUGAAGCAAAAAUAGAACUGUUUGGCCAUAAUGACUAUGAUUAUGUUUGGAGGAAAAAGGGGGAGGCUUGCAAGUCGAAGAACACCAUCCCAACCGUGAAGCACGGGGGUGCAGCAUCAUGUUGUGGGGGUGCUUUGCUGCAGGAGGGACUGGUGCACUUCACAAAAUAGAUGGCAUCAUGAGGAUGGAAAAUGAUGUGGAUAUAUUGAAGCAACAUCUCAAGACAUCAGUUAGGAAGUUAAAGCUUGGUCACAAAUGGGUCUUCCAAAUGGACAUGACCCCAAGCAUACUUCCAAAGUUGUGGCAAAAUGGCUUAAGGACAACAAAGUCCAGGUAUUGGAGUGGCCAUCACAAAGCCCUCAAUCCUAUAGAAACAUUGUGGACAGAACUGAAAAAGCCUGUGCGAGCAAGGAGUCCUACAGUACAGACCUGACUCCGUUACACCAGCUCUGUCAGGAGGUAUGGGACAAAAUUCACCCUACUUUUUGUGGGAAACUUGUGGAAGGCUACCUGAAACGUUUGACCCAAGUUAAACAAUUUAAAGACAAUGCUACCAAAUACUAAUAGAGUGUAUGUUAACUUCUGACCCACUGAGAAUGUGAUGAAAGAAAUAAAAGCUACUAUUAUUCUGACAUUUCACAUUCUUAAAAUUAAGUGGUGAUCCUAACUGAACUAAAAUGGAAUUAUUACUAGGAUCCAAUGUCAGGAAUUGUGAAAAACAGAGUUUAAAUGUAUUUGGCUAAGGUGUAUGUAAACUUCCAACUUUUCAACUGUACAUUGGUCUCUGCAUGCAUGAACAAAAUGAACCACUAAAAGCACACCCCAUUUCUGUUUGAAAAUGGAGAAUGCGGAGGAGUUGGACUGUUUGUCGUGCCCAAAUGCUAAUGCUAAUUGUGCACAGUAAGAUACUGGAUUAUAUUAGUAAUAGGUUUUGGGUGACUGUCAGGACCGUUCAAACGAGACUGUACCUAUGAGACAAUCUAGUAACCCUACAUAAGGGACCCUUUUAAGGGAGGAUGUAAUGGGUUUAUAGAUCCUGGCGGCCCGUGAUUUGUUGUUUUUGUUUUAGAUCCUUUUUUUUUUUUGCACAUAAGAAUUAAACAACAACAAAUCAG